GCACAGAAAGUUUACAGCAAGAAGGUAUGAAAUCAAGUGAAGAGAUUGAUACGAUGGUUUCCCGAAUCACAAGACAAGAAAAUACAGGCUCUGCCAAGAAAGUACAUGUCCCUCAUCUGGAGCAGCCAAUGUCUUUAGCAUCAGGGAAAGUCCUUGUGAAUGCAGAAAAACCAGGCUUGGGAAGAUCCGUCAUUCCAGUAAAUGCUGCAAGUGAUAGUGACUCAUGCUCACUGUUUGAAUAUGUUCCACAGAAUAAAAACAGAUUGAAGACAUCUAAUGACAGCCAGAAAUUGGCUCCAGGUUCUGGCAAGAAAAAGAAGGGAGAGAGGAUUGUGGCUUCCCGUUACUUGCAAAGUGCUGGUUUAAAGAAGAAGUCUGCCUCAGCUGGUCCAGAAAAGAAAGUGUUGCAAAGGCCACUCAACUCAACUGGAGGUAGCUAUGUGGCCAAGGCCAGCUUUACAGCAAAGAGCAAGAAACCACAGAAUGAGUUUGCUUCCUCUUCUAAUGGUGCUGACAAAAUGGCUAGGCAAGAAAAAACUUCUACACCUACUCAUGGAGGGGCACCUGUUGUGCUAAACACUUGUGAUUACUCUGCUAUCAGCGUUGACCUCUCCAGUGUUUCAAUGGCAGAUGCCAGUGUGCUAGGAGGACCUGUUGGUGCUGGCUACACAUCUCUGCAACAGGUUGGCCAAUAUCAUCGUGGCAAAGAUCUAACUCUUCUGCAACAGACUUGUGACCAGGAGUAUUCACACUACCUUCAGGUCCAUUACUUGUCCUCUCUGGCACAGAAAUGCCAGGCAGAUGUGCAGAAAGAGGCCAUGAAACAGCUUUCACAGCUGUGUAACUUGAUGGAUGUGAAGCAGAUGGAGGCUGCAGAGCUUGAGAAAGAACUGCCAAGAUUGCAGCACCUGAAUCAAGUUUACGAUCUGCUAGAGGCACAGCAAGGAGGCUUGGAGUCAGUGGUGCGGUUGUUGCCAGCUCAACAGAAGGAGUACAGAAUUUUUUCUACAGCCCUGGAUACAACUCGACACCAAAUAGAAACCCGUGGAAUCCUCAUUCCAUCCAGCGAGGAACAAUACGAAGCUGAACUAGCAAACCUUCUCCUGGAGACAGAAGAGCUUCUGGGAAGUAUUGCAUCAAUGUGCAAGGACUCAUCUGCAGUGCAAAACGUGGCAAGCAUUUUCCAAGACAUUCAGAAGGCCACAGAAACUCAGCGCAGUGAUGUACUUAAGUGUGUAGAGCUGGUAUCAGCGAUGGAAAGUUUAGUUACACAGGAAACUUCCCUCAGAAUACAAGAAAUGCAAACAUCUACGUAAAAGUAUAAUUUUAACAGUUUAUUUUGUACAGCACAGGGAAAUCUAAUCUGUAUUCAUUGUGAAUAUGUGUCAUUUGUGAACAAAAGAAGUGCAUUAAGGCAGAAAAGAUCCCCUUGAAAUACUAUAAAUGUACUUGGGUAGAUGUGAAACUGCAUGUGUGAGCAUUACAUAUGCUGUAUGUGGGCAUGGUAAAUUUGAUCAUUCAAAGUUGUACACAGAAGGACGAGUGUCUAUGAUAUGCAAAAAAAUGUCAUUUUGCUAGAUGCUUAAUAUUUUUAUGAGUGGGCAAAGAAAGAGUUCUGAGGUGAAUGUUAGUUUCUUUAUUUUUAAAGUCUGGUAAAAUAAAGCAUUAAAUAUUUUAAAUUACAUUUCGAAUUUUAUAAAUUUUAAAGUGCAGAUAACACUGAAGCUAUUUAAUCAAAACUUCUGUAAAAUAGCUACUUAUAAAAUGUUAUUGACAAUAAUGAAACAAGAUUAAAGCUUGUUUGAAGAAGU